GCGCCACGCAGCGCUUGCUGUGUGCCCCUCCGCGGCCGUCUGUGCUAGGCAGCAGCUGCGCAGAGGGAGAGAGAGACUCUGCUGAGCAUUUCUUCGCCAACAGUGUUGACAAGGCUCUGGAUGGGGCAAGCUGGACGGGGCAACACGGGUCCGUAAUUUUCUGAUACGCUAAGAACAGAUACAGACACACCGCACACAGCCAUGUUAGCCAGAGCCUUCCAAAGACAAGCCGUCAGACAAUUCUCCGCCUCCACCAAGAAGCUGUCCGGUCCUCACUUCCCAGAGGGUGCAUACAACAACUUGCCUUUCAAGGUCAAGAACAGAAAGGUCCCAUACGCCAUCCCACACCUCAUUUUCUGGAUCUUGGGCGGCGGUAUUCCAUUUUUCGCCGUCACCGUCCAACAGAAGAGAGCCGGUGUCUGGUAAGCAGUGUGCCGGACAGCUGGGAAAAAUUUGCCGGACAGCUGCACAGACACCAGACGGGGGGACUAGCUCCCGCCUGGGCUAGACGGCAACCUCCGGUUUCUCUGGCACGGUUUCGCUGAGAUCGCAGCUCGUGCACACUUCUGGUUGUCCCCGAACUAUCCCUAUUAUUAUUACUAUUAUUAUUAUUACUAGUUCAUCUCUUUCUUCUUUUCCCCCCAUUAUUACUCUAUUUACUUCUUAUUAUUAUCAUAAAUAAAAUUAUAAAGACCAC